CAUUAGUCCCGCAGAGACUGCUGUCGAUUUGACUCCGAAUGGGCACUGAAUAAUGUUCACUCCAAAACUUAACCCGCUGGCUUGCAGGAGGUGUCAGAUGAAAAAGGUUCGUUGUAGUAGGCAGGAACCAAGGUGUUCACGCUGCUGUGCUGUGGGGUUCCCUUGCGUCUAUAAUAAACCACGUCGGCGUGGGGCAAAAUUACGAACUCCUGGAUCUGAUGAAUGGGCUAGUGGCGAGAUUGCUGAUCUCCCAGAGUCUCUACGACGGUUUACACAGCUAGUAGCCGAGGCGGAGACCAAUCCCUCACGUACUGCCAGUGACCCAAAGCCCGUUAUUCCGCAAGGAAUCGCUUUUUUAAACCAGGAUGGAGAGAGCCACUGUCGUUGGGAUGGUGAUCGGUCCAUCCAUUUGAACCCUAUCAUACACUCGUGGCCUUGCGAUGAUAUUCUCCGUCCGCUCACCAAAGCCAUCUACGAAUUUCGAAAGCUGACCCUCAAGGAUGCCGAAAAGGUCACCCCAGCUGAUCCUGUUACUAUACCUGUGGAGCAAGCGAGAGCAUUGAUCGAGUUGUCCUUGGAGCAGUUAAAAGGUGAAAUGUUCGUGGGUCUCGUGGAUCCUGACCUAAUGAAAUCUCUUCCUGCUGUUGUGGAUACGAUGCAUAAUAAUUAUGAUCCGUCUAUUCUCCUUGUUUACUACCUACUUCUCUACAAAGGCUGUUUAUUGCAAAGUGAUACAUCAUGGAUGCCGACUCAUCUACCUGACCGACUUUAUCUGAAAUGCGUCAGUAUGCUUCCGGCAUGGCGUCGCGGAGCUGUCACGACCCCAGCCUACUUCAUGGGAGCCCUGGCAAUGUCUUUCGUCGCAGGUGAAAACCAGGAUUACGAACUAAGCUGGUCUCUACACCGCCAGGCAUGCCGAUUUGCUCUAUUGCUUGGUCUGAACAACCUUGAUAAGAGUCAAGACCAGAUUGUCCAUGGACUGGGCUCUGAGUGCAUGAGACAGGGUUUUUGGCAACUAAUCCAGAGUGACAUUAAUUUCCGCCUGUUUCAUAACGUCCGCCCCACAAUAUCCGGGUCCGAAUGGGCGGUCGACAUGCCUUGGCUGAGGGCGAAUUCAGACCACGAGAGUGAAGGCUUUCACCCCGUCAGUAGGGUAUCAUUCAUUGUUAACUCUCGUCUCACAUUCAUUGGCAUGGAGUACUUCCGUGCCGUUGAAUCUUCCGCUUCAGAUCCUCUCUUCGAUUUGAAAGGUUGCAUAGAGAGAAUUUGCGACCAAAUUGAUGAUACAAUAGAGGAAUGGCAACUUAGAAAGAAGCUUGAACACAGCUCCACCCCGCUUGAAAGGAUACUUCUGGCGGAUGUGCUCCUCUCCGGGUACAACAUGGCCAUCAUCGUGAACAGCAAGCUCCCUUGUUUCUUCCCGACGGCCUCAUGUAACCAUUGGUCUCGUGCUGUGGAGGCAGCACGUUCUGCCCUCCAGGUAAUGCUGGCUGUCACAGUUCCGGCACCGUCAUAUUUGACUAUCGGGAGACUUUUCUUGCUUCGCCCUUUUGUGUCUGUGUUGACUCUUUAUGAAAAUCUCAACAGGGCCUGUGAUGGCAGUAGAAGAUGCGAGGAUAUCAACUUACUUGACAAGUUCCGGAGAGUAUUGGCCACGGGAGCAGUGCUUCAGAGGAAUUUGGAGCCUGUUGUAGAAACCCUGAAUGCUUUGAUACGGCAGGUAUGUGCUAGGGAUUACAGCCAGAACUUAGAGAAUAUGCAAGGUAUGGCGCUCGGGAGGAGUUCAGGUUACGUCAAAGUCAAUACAUAAAACUGUCGCUGCUGGACUGAGUCAGACAUCCAUUUCUAUCUGACAAUUUCUACUGGUAAGUGUGGCCCAUAAUUUUUGCUCUCUGGAGCUGCUGUACAUAAUUCAGAUUGUGUUUGGUUUUUUUCUUCUCUUUUCUUUUCUUUUUGCUCGAACUGAUAUUCGGUGCAUUAAUCUACCUAUUAGGGAGCUACUCUUCUUCGAAAAUGGCCAUGCUCCUGUUUCCUUCUCGUA